CGUGCUCGUUUUUUCGUGACUCACUUUUAUACUUUCGGUUUUGUUGCUGGUGAACAGAAAAUGGCGAAGAGUGCAGUUUUGAGAGAGAAGGAUGCUGCAGACCAAGAAGAGAUGCAAGGACUGAUACAGGAGAUUGCUAAAGAAAGUUUGCACUUAAAAUUGGAUCAGAGGAUUGUGCUGUUGGGUAAAACUGGAUCAGGAAAGAGUUCAACAGGAAACACCAUCAUCGGCAACUUUGAGUUUAAACAUGGUGUUUCCUCUAAGUCUGUUACUAGACACUGUCAAAGACACGUGACAACAGUGGAGGAUAAAACCAUCUCAGUGAUCGACACUCCAGGACUAUAUGACACAUCAUUGAGUGAAGAAGAGCUGAAGAAAGAGAUCGAGAAGUGCAUCUACAUGUCUGCUCCUGGCCCUCAUGUGUUUCUGCUGCUCAUCAGACUGGGUGUGAGAUUCACAGAAGAAGAGAAGAAAACAGUGAAAUGGAUUCAGGAAAACUUUGGAGAAGAAGCUUCUCAUCACACCAUCAUUCUGUUCACUCACGCUGAUUAUCUGAAGGGGAUUUCAUUAGAAGAAUACAUCAAUGAAAGUAAUGAUCUCAAGGCUCUUGUUGAUGAGUGCGGUGGCAGAUUUCACUCUUUCAACAAUGAAGACAUGAGUAAUCGCUCUCAGGUCACAAAACUGCUGCAGAAGAUUGAUAAAAUAGUGAGGAUCAAUGGAGGACAGCACUACACUAAUGAGAUAUUUAAAAAAGCCCAGAGAAAGAUUGAACAAGAGGCUUUAAAACAAAAACUGUGGGACUAUGGGCAAACAGCACUAACAGCAGUGGGAGGAGCAGCAGUAGCAGUAGCAGGAGUAGCAGCAGUAGUAGGAAUAGCAAUAGCAAAAGGAAAAUAAGGGCCGUAGUUAAUCUGAUUAAACAACAAAGGCCAGAUCGUCAUACACUCAUUUCUAAUUUAGUUAUCUAAAAGAUUUAAUGAGAAUUUUAAGAUUGCCAUGUUAAGUAUAUACUAUAUUGUAUGUAUAUUGAUUAUUUCAUCUGUUGAAUUGUGAUUGUAAAAACCUGGAACUAUAUCUCUCAUUUUCUUCCUAAACAUCCUAAACAAAAAUGCUAUUUUAUAGAGUCUAAUUUCUAAGAAACUCUCUACUAAGACAGCUCUCGACCUGUGGUAAGAAGAGAAGUUUCUUGUUUGUAUAACGUGGACUUAAUAAAUCCUUAUCUUGAGCAAAUUAA